UGAUGUUGGUGAGUCAAUUCUGUAGUCAGAGCUUGGUCUCUUAUAGGAUGUAUAAAUAUCAAUGGCGCUGCGAGAGGUGCAUCAGUCUUGAUUCCCUUCACAGCUUCAAACCUCCUGACCACACUAUAACGAAUUUCAAAUACUUCCGAGCAUCCAAUCAAACUCGCUUUAAAUCUUCCUCCACACAACAGCCAACAGACAUGUCGUCCUCGGCUUUCUCGUAUGCGACCAUCGCCGCCAGUCUCUCUGGAGCAAUCACGGUAGCCUUCGGCAUCAAUGCUAUCCUCCGUCCUGAGAGCGGCCUGCAACCCUUCGAAUUGGCCUAUCCAGCUCUGCCUGCUGAUCGGAAAGUCGUUGACGCUUUGAUGGUCAUCUAUGGAGUAAGAGAUGUUCUCUUAGGUGCCGGCGUCUGGGUCGCCGCAGCAUUCGCUAACCGAAAGACUGUGGGCUGGUAUACACUCCUUAUCGGAAUCAUGGCCUUCACCGAUGGACUCGUCUGCAAAUAUAUGGUUGGGCAAGGGGAAUGGAACCAUUGGGGCUAUACGCCGAUGGUACUCGGUCUUGGGAUCUAUAUGUCAUUCUUCUAGGUGGAGAGAGCAACUUAAAAUGUGCGACAGGGCCGGAGCGUUUGGGAUACCCUAUUUUCUAUGGAGUUUACGUACUGUGUGAGGCGUAAUGGUUUGGGCUGCGUGUUUCGGUCCAAUGUUGACAGCACACGAACCCAUGAUUCAUAGUUUACGUGGUGUGAAAGAAAAAGAAACUAUACAAGCGUCCGAGCCGACAUCUUCCCGAUCCUGUGAAGCUGCAGCACGAAACAGUACAUGUUGACAUACA